AUGAAAAUAAUUUAGUUGUUGAGUUUGGUAACAUAUGUAUUAAGUGCAACCUUCUCAAGUACAAGUUUAAGUGAUGCUUUACAUGAUAAUGGAUCAGUUUAUGGAUGGAAAGAAGAAGAAUAAAGAUAAUUUAAGAAUUGGGUAUAGGAAAAUUAAAAAACAUACAAUAAUGAAUUUGAAAUGAUUUAUAGAAUGGAAGUAUUUGUGAAGAACUACAGAGCUAUGAAAGUAUUGAAAUAAUUAUUAAUAAUCUUUUAGCAUCAUAAUGAAUAAUUACCAAAAGAUGUUUGGGGAUUGAAUAUAUUUUCAGAUGAAACAACAGAAGAGUUAAUGGAUAAAUUAUUUAUGAAAAAAGACUAUGAAAAACAUUAUGAGACAUUUAAUGAAGACGAUUUGAAUGCUAUAAAAAGUGAUAGUUUAUCACAUAAUUCGUUUUUGUAAGCUGAUAAAACGGUUGUGGUUAAAAAAGUAAUAAAAAAAGGAUCAGCUACUUCAGCAGAAGUGAAAACAAAAGUAAAGAAUCCUCCAAGUUUAGAAUGGUUAAAAUAAGUAAUUUCUAUUUUAUUAAUAUUUAGAUUACAGAAGUUUAAUAAUAAGGAAGAUGUGGUAGUUGUUGGGCAUUUGCAGUUUAAGAUGUUACAAUAAGUAGAUUAGCUAUAGCUAAUAAAAAUAAACUUGAUUAAUUAUCUAAAACACAUUUAAUUGAUUGUGCUGAUGGAAAUACAGCAGGAUGUGAUGGAGGUUCUGUUGGUGAUGCAUUUGAUUUUAUUAAUAAAUAUGGAACUGUUUAUGAAAAAGAUUAUAGAGAAUAUGAUUAAAAAGAAGGGGAAUGUUCUAAACCUAAAGGUUCUAUUGGAUAUAAAUCAUUUAAAUCUGUUGAGGCAUUAACCAAAUUUACUAAUGAUGAUAUUGAAACUGCUAUGUAAACUGGACCUGUUACUAUCCUUAUGUAUGCAGAUGAAUCCUGGCUUAGAUAUACUUCUGGUAUUAUUAAUACUUGUGGAUAUCCUAAAGUUUCUAAUUAUUAACAUGUUGUUUCUUUUGUUGCUUAUGAUACUUAAACAUGGUUUGCUAAAAAUUCUUGGGGAUCUAAAUGGGGAAUGAAUGGUUACUUUCAAGUCUAAAAAAAUGGGGAUACAAAUUGUCUUGAUAAAAUUAAAAGAGUUACAUAUCCAAUUAUAUGAGAC